UGGUUCCUUCGAUCUGUGGGUCCUUCUGUUCACGAGAAAGGGAUAAAGACCACUGUUUUAGGGUUCAUAAUGUGUUCCAUCAAAUUUGUACCUGGCUUGAAGAAUUACAUCGAUGCUGAGAAAAAGAAGGUAGUAGAUAAGUUGCAGUCCAAUAGUAAAUCUAAAAGUGGGAAUGGUUGGAGAACAGAGUUACCUGUGGUAGGGUUAGGAGUAGGUGUUCUUGAGAAAAUGAGAGAGGACAAAAGAAAUGAUGUGGUUUGGCAAGGCAAAUGCUCUGGUACAGUUUAUAUUGGAGGUAGUGAAACUGAAGGGCAUUUUUCUUUGAUAAAUGAGGCAUGCACCAUGUUUGCUCACACCAAUCCAUUACACAUGGAUGUGUUCCACAGUGUUGUCAAAUUUGAGGCAGAAGUGGUUGCCAUGACAGCUGCACUCAUGGGAAGCCAAGAGAAAUCUUAUGGAGGACAAAUUUGUGGUAACAUGACAUCUGGAGGAACUGAAAGCAUACUGUUAGCCGUAAAGUCAUCUCGCGACUUCAUGAAAGCUAGGAAGGGUAUUGUAAGACCAGAAAUCAGAAACUCCAUAACCUUGACAAUCAUCAGCAGAAAAGAGUAGCUGAAGCCAGAGUGC